AUGAUCCCUCCCACCGUCGAAGCUCUACCCCCUCCCACCGGCCCCAAGGGUGGUCAAGUCAAACCACGUCGUCGUCUACAUCCAUGGGAAGACUCUCUUCCAGAUCCAUCGGAUCGAGUUCAGGCUGGAAGUCAUGGUGUGGUUCUCGACUUUGGGCAAGCGGGCGGGGUAAGUCUAGAUAAAACCAAGGGGAAAUGGGGAUGGACAUGGGCGGGGGAGAAAAGAUCCAUACGUCUCGAGAGUGAUGGAAAUGCGGAGCAAUGGUUCCCUCCUACUCGUACAACCUCUGAGUCUAGUAAGCUCAAUCUUGAGGAGAUGACAGCUUCUGCGAAACGAUACCUAAUCGGGGGACAGACUUCAUUUCUUCAAGAUAUCGUCCCUCAAGAUGAACUAGAAGGACUAUCUGAUAUCCUUGACGAAGAAUUAUUAGCCAUACAUCGAAAUUCGCUCAAACCUCCGGUCGAUUACACGAGAGGCUCAACAAUGGUGGUCAUCGACAACCCUCGUGUAAGGUAUGCUCCCAAGCUUCUGGCCUUUCCGAUGGGACAAGUCGGACAUCACCUCAAUAUCUCUCCAUUCGUCAGACCGAAGAGACAAGCACACGUUAACCGAAGAGAUUUAGGUCGCUUCGAACCCAUCGCAAAGCCGAUGGAAAGGUUUGAAACUCCUAUCCUCCAGUUGGAAUGGUCACCUGCUACAUCGGGUCAUAGGACUGAUCGUGAAUCAACCAUCCUAGCCGUUCGUCUUCAAGCAAAGACGAUUUUAAUAGAUAUCUUGCCAAAUCCUGCUGCUGGACCUAAAUCGAAUUUCAAUCCGGUCCGUACGGAAAGGGUCGCUCAGUUGACAUAUGAGCAAACUGAGGGUAGACGACAUGCGGAUAUCGCUUUGGAUCCUCUACAUUGGGGUAGAUUUUUGAUGGUUGAUAUAGCUGGAGGUGUUUGGUUAUGGCAACAAGAACAUAUCGAAGUGGAUGAGAAGCUACAAAGGGUCUCAAAACUACGUAGGCUCCGAGAAGCCCUCGCGGAGGCUCAAGACGAGUUCUUCCGUAUAGCAUUUGGGACAACAUCGGGGACAGCGUUGAUCAUGUCCUCUCGCCAGCUCACUAUCUUGGACAUUGAGAGCCCAUCACAGACGUCUACAAUCCUGUUACAAUUAUCUGGGCCUGAUAGACGCUUUACCGCCUUGGAGAAGACCGCCCUUCGACGGAACGCAGCAGUGACUUGUGUAGCAACGACUUUUGAGGUGAUGUGGGUUGACGAGACCCUUCCUGGUAUGCCACAAUUGAGUUGGAGACAUGAAUAUGGAAAUGGAAGCGUAAAAGUCAUGCAAUUAUUGGCGAUCCCCAACUUUCAGUCUGAGAUGAUUUUACUUUCAUCUUCAUCCCUCCCCCAUAUCCUCGCUUUCUACAUCACCAACUCAUUCCCCGUCAGAUCAGUUCACCCUCCUCACCCGAUGUCCGUAUCAAAGCCAGGACAACGAGGACUAUGUAGUCUGGUUAGUUUGCCCUGGCAAGGGACGGAAAAAGAUCCGAGAUUUAUCUUGGUCGGUUUACAAGAAGAUGGCUCGAUUCAUGCUGUUCGUUCACAACGAGCUAUCCGACGAUCAUCAAGAUCACUCCAACCAUUGGUCAAAUGGAAUGAAGAGGUUGAAGCUCUUGCAAAGCUUUCCGAGAAAAGUAUUUCGGAUGAUAUUGAUGGAAGGGCGAUUAGAAAAAGUCGGGUUUUUGAUGUUCAUCGAGCUUGGCGAAAAAUCAACCCAUCUAUUUCGUCCUCCACCGGCGACAUAUUCUCCGUACAAGCUCUGGAACAAUACGCGAGAGAGAUAGAUGCACCUUUUGAGAAUUUCGUCACUGCGGCAGAUUUGGUUCGAGACGUAACUUCGGAAGAACAAGAAUCAGUUCGAUCACAUUUAUUGAAAAGUAUUCAAGUGGAUCCUGAUACUUUACCUGCCGAUUUAUCUCGCUUGGAAAACCUUGAUUUCUCACGACAUCUUCCUACGGUUUAUUCUCUCCGUCACCCUAUUGCUCGUUUUCUCAAUGAUACUCCUUGGAAUCUAGAAGAAAUCUUACAAAUCUUCCCUGCUCCACGACAAAAAGCAUAUAUACAAAAAUACGAAGCCCAUGUGUAUAGUCUCUCUCUCGAUCUCGCUCUUUCAUCCGCCAUUCUACACACUGACGAUUUCUCUUCAUCCACCCAAGGGAUCAGAUCGGAUUCUCAAAUCACAUCGAUCUCAUCCCCCGAAGACGCUUUCGCCUCCGCGACAGCCCGUCUCACAUUGAACGAAGCCUCUCCUCCACCAUUGACCUUUCAUGUUCUCUCACCGAACAUCCAACCUCCUCCUGGCCAAACGGAAAAUACUCUCGAAUCAGAUCCACCGUCCUUUCAGAACACAUUGGAUGAUCCCACGGUCAAAUCUUUACUUUCAGAAUGGGUGAUAGGAGAAAAUCCAAAAUCUUACCAAUGGAAAUCAUGGCUUGAUCCUUCUCAUCCUGAUCUUCUAUCACCAAGACAAAGAAGAAUCAGACCUCAUCCUUCACCCCGUACGACCAUACUCCACGGGGUAGAUAGUACCCUCAUUGUCAAGAGUGAGAAUGCCCAAGUGGUAGGAAAAGGAGUUCCAACGAUCUUGAGGGCGACAGCUAGUGUACCUAUGAUCUUACCUACCAGAGCGUCUUCUCCGGUUCAACCAUUGGAGAUGGAGAUGGAUCAGAGUCAAGAGAGAAUGUGGGCUAGUACUCAAGUGGAAAGAGGUCCAUUCGGGGGCAAAGUAGGAAAGAAGAAGAUUGGGAAGAAAAGAGUUGGGGGGUUUUGA